AUGUCCGGCGACGUCAAGGCCCUCGCGACCGUCGAGGAACUGCGCGAGACCAUGCAGCAGGCCACGGCCCAGAACCAGCUCGUCGCUAUCAAGUUCUCGGCGGAGUGGUGCGGUCCCUGCCGCCAGCUGGCUCCGCUGUGGGACCGCUGGGCCCCGGAGUUCGCGGGCCGGGUGCAGUUUUGCGCUGUCGAUGUGGACGCGGCACGCGGCGUCGUGGCCGAGUGCCCCCCGCGCGUCACGUCGCUGCCCACGAUCCAGCUCUGGAAGGCCGGGCGGCUCGUCUGGAGCCAGGCCGGGGCCCGGAACCUCCUAGCUGCGCUGCGCGCAGCAGUCGACGAGCACUCGGGCGAAGGGCGGUGCCCGAUCCCGAUUCCGGACCCAGAAGGUGUGUUGUUCAAAGCGGACGCGAGGCAGGCCGUCGCCAACGCGACGAAAAGCAAGCGCCCGCUCGUCGUGUUCCUGGUCGGAUCCGGCACGGACUCGACCAGCAUGAUCGCGCAGGUCCUCGCGCGGCGCUCCCCCUGCAUCGAACCGCUGCGCCAGUGCGUCACCAUCGCGCUCCCCGAUGACCUCAACGGCUCCGUGCCGGAGCACGAGGCACGGUGGUUCCAGGAGGCCAAGUUCUUCCGGCAGCUCUUCCCCACGGACACCCUGCCCUCGAUGGCCAUCGUGUCGCCGCACACAGGGCAGCCGGUGGUGUACCAGCGGGGCUUUGCGACGGCGGCGCGCACGAGCGAGCUGCUGGCCGAGGGCAUCGCGGCGUGCGGCGGAGCUUCGCCGAGCAGCGGAGAGCAGGCGCAGCCGGGCGCGGACGUCGGCGCUGGGUCAACAGCGCCGCAGGGUGCGGCGACGACGGAGACGACGACGGCGAAGGAGAAGACCCAUCUGCUGCAGUUCAAGCUCACGGACGGCAAGCUGCUCACGCACUCCUUCGCGGCGUCCGCGACGGUCGGCGCGGUUCUCGAGUGGCUGCGCGGCGCGCGCACGGACGGCGACGCAACCGUGCAGGUGUGGCAGCAGCUGCCGAAACGCAACCUCUCGGACCCGGAACUGUCCGAGCGGACCCUCGCGGACCUCGAAAUGAAGGCCAUCGUCCCCGUGAAGCUCGUGGCGCCGGAGCCCGAGAAGCCGAGCCCCCCGCCGCCGGCUGCGCCGGUCGCGUCUGAACAACAGUCGGAGGGCGCGCCCUCCGCUGGCGCGCCGGAGCCGGACGCGAGCGAGGGCGCGGCGUCCGAGGGUGCGAGCGAGGGGCCGGCGGCGCAGCGCGACGCUGACGAGCCGAUGUCGGAGCCUGCGCCGCCGCCGCCGCCGCCGCCGGCGGACGUGGCGAUCCAGUUCCGCCUGACGGACGGCGGGUCGUUGCAGCACAAGUUCGCGGCGGGCACGAAGCUCGCGGAGGCCGUGGAGUGGGUCCGCGCCAACCGCACUGACGGCUCCAGCGCGUUCAUCCUUGCACAGACGUUCCCGACGCGGGAGCUUGGCGACGCGGAAGCGGAGCGCACGCUCGAGGAGCUGGGGCUGGCGCCGCGGUCGACGCUUGUGCUGGCGACGCCGGGGGGCGCGGCGCGGGGGGGCGUUGCAACCCUGAGCGACCUGCGCGGGGGGGCGUCCGGCUCCGGCGGCGGCAACGAAUACUGGAACGGGAACAGCACGUCCUUUGGCGGUGGUGGCGGCGGCGGGGGGGGUAUUACCGCGGUGUCGGGCGCGCGCGAUUGGGAACGUGUGUUGCGCGGCGCGAACAACAAGCCGGUGAUCGUGGACUUCGCGGCGACGUGGUGCGGGCCGUGCAAGAUGAUCGCGCCCAAGUUCGAGGCCCUGGCGCGCGAGCACGGCGGCGCGGCCGUGUUCUGCAAGGUUGACGUUGAUGAGGCGUCGGACGUCGCGUCGGCGUGCGGGGUGUCCGCGAUGCCGACGUUUCAGGUGUGGAUCAAGGGGGAGAAGGUCGACGAGGUGCGCGGCGCGAACGAAGGCGCGCUGCGGGUGAUGGUCGCUCGGGCCCUCGGCCGGUGA